AUGCUGAAACGGCUUGUUUUGCCGCUUAAUGUUGGUAAAGAAAAUGGUCAGACCUUCAUCGGUACCAAGAAUAAGUCACUGGGUUCUUGUGGUUGUUGAGAGUCGACCAUUCAAACAAAUCCUUUAUUGUGACACAUUAGCCUGGAAACCCCCAUCAGAUAUUAUCGAUGUGGUCAACAGUUAUAUCAGCCACAUUCCCCGUAUUGGAAAGUUUGAUGAUACACACCUCUUCUUGGCUCACCACCCCAUGGCUACGUCUCGGUUUGGCCAUAUGUGUGACUGGAGAUGCCGCAACUAUCCACUACAGACAUGCUCUGACGUAUAUGGAGUCAUUGUUCUAAUAAUCGCAGCACUGGCGGCUGUAGACCGACCCCUAUUUCCGUUCUUCAUUGGUCCCAGCGAGAAAAGUCAAGUCUAUCUACAACGCCCAAGCCAACAUGCCUAUUUUCUAAGGAGAAUCAUAAUGCAUUGGUUUGCCGAAAGUCGCAUUGAAAUCAAUUAUGUGCUUCUGCAUCAUGAUUCGCGCGAUAACGUCCGUACAGAGUCUGACCACUCCUCUUGCCUACGUCGGUUCACAUCCAGUAGCACAAAGAAAAAGCUCAAGCUAUCCCUAAAUCCUAAAGCAUCGUCCUCCAAUGGAUCAAUUCCGAGAGCAACAGAGGAACAUGCAUCAGAA